CUUUAAUUUGAAUUUUUUUUUUUGUUUAGCUAAAAAUUUGAAUAUCAAAUACCAAAAUAACAGUAAUCGCUUGUAUAAUUAUAAUUUGUUCAAUAUUUUGUGUAGGUACUUUGUAUUCUGUCCAUCGUCUCUGAUCUGUGAUUUUGUUUUUUUAUUAUAGGUGUAUUUUUUAAUUGUAGUUUAGAUACUACUUCUAUUAUAGUGUAAUUCUGUUUAUGCGGUUUUUUAAAAAUGUCUCAAAGACGUGUGAAUAGAUCAAACACGGAAGAAGUAGAAGAAAAUAUCGAGAGCGCAAUUAACGAAUGUGUUCGCUAUAUUGUGAUUCGAGAAGGCAGCAAAAUCCCUAUAAAACGUGCCGAAAUUGCCAAACACUUAAAUUCUACGUGUCAAACACCAUCGAACCAAGUCAACAGUGUAAUUAUUGAAGCUAACAAAGUAUUAAAAAGAGUUUAUGGCUACAAGCUGAUUCAGGUGGAAUCUAAAAGUGGUAUCCAGUACAUAGUUGUCCUUAAUGAGGAAGGUAACUCACAGUCAUCUUGCAUCCCUGAUCCACUUCAGAGAAAGAUGCUGAUUGCUGCUCUUACACAUAUCUAUAUGACUGGAGGUCCUGUAAAAGAAGAAGAGAUGUGGAAGUUUUUGUCUGAAGCUGGCCUCAUGGAAGAGAAUGAUCAUACAGCAAGAAAAGUACUGACCAAUACAUUUACUAGGCAGAUGUAUUUGCAGUAUUCCAAGGUGGGUGAAGGUGAAAUAGCAAGAAAUGUAUUUGAAUGGGGACAACGUGCAGAGGAGGAAGUACCCAAAAUGUUUAUAUUAAACAAAAUGGCUGAAGCAUUUGGAAAAGAGCCCAACCAUUGGCAUGAACAAUACAGAGAAGCUACUGUAGAAGCAAGUUCAUAACUAUUAUAUGUAAUUAUUGUUUAAAAAUGUUUGUUGUUACACAAUGUUUAUUAAAAUUCUGUUUAAUAAACUAUUAUUCUUAUUUA